CGUGUGAUGGGGUAAAUAAAAAUCAAGAAAGAGAGGCAGACCCCGUUCUCUCCGAAAUUGACAAAACAAAAAAGCUCCCAGAUCCUCUUCUGUCUGGUUCCGUUUCUAAAAUCGUGCUUUGAUUCUUCUCUCCUCCAAAGGUUUUAUCUAAUCACCAAUCCGAUUUGAUUCCCAUAUUCAUCUUUUGUAACCCUAACUAAUUUCAAAAAUCGAAAAUCGAGUCUCAAAAACCUGAAUUGUUUUUUCUCCAAUUAUUUGAUUCCCGUUUUUGUUUGAUUCAAAUCAGAUAAGCUUCUUUUGUCACUACCUAACUAAGUCUGUUGUCUGUAAAUUAUGUAAACACUUUAGCAGAUAUGGAUCUAAAGGGACAGCUAGACAGGUUCAAGAAACAGCAAGAAAGAUGCCAAUCUACUCUCUCAAGCAUCAAUGCUUCCCGAGCACCACCUUCUGCUCCUUCCAGGCCCUCCUCCUCCUCCUCCUCCUCCUCUGUUCCUGCUGCCACCAGCCUCAAGCCUGCACCUCCCGUCAAAUUCUCCAACGACACCGAGCGUCUUCAGUUUAUCAACAGCAUCAGGAAAGGUCCUGUCGGUGCUCAAAUCAAGCGUGUCAUUGAGCUUCUCUUUGAGACAAGACAAGCCUUCACACCGGAGCAGAUUAACGAAAGGUGUUAUGUUGAUAUGCUUUCGAAUAAAGCUGUCUUUGAUAGUCUCAGGAACAAUCCCAAAGUUUAUUACGACGGAAGAAGGUUCUCUUACAAGGCUAAGCAUGAUGUUAAAGACAAGAAACAGCUUCUCUCGCUUAUCAAGAAGUAUCCUGCUGGGAUUGCAGCUGUUGAUCUCAAAGACGCUUACCCUAAUGUCAUGGAUGAUCUACAGGCUCUGAAAGCUUCAAAACACAUAUGGUUCCUGUCAAACGCUGAUUCACAAGAGGACAUUGCUUAUCCAAACGACUUCAAGGGGCAGAUUGAGGUUGACGACGAGUUCAAAUCUCUGUUCCGUGACAUAGACAUUCCCAGCGACCUUCUUGAUGUGGAGAAGGAGCUGCAGAAGAUUGGUUUGAAGCCUGUGAUGAACACUGCACAGAGGAGAGCCGCUGCACAGAUCCAAGGGGUAUCGAAUAAACCCAAGCAGAAGAAGAAGAAACAAGAGAUCAGCAAGAGAACCAAACUCACCAACGCUCAUCUUCCUGAGCUCUUCCAGAACCUCAACGCCAGCAGUUCCCGGAACUAAAAACUUCAUAAAUUGAAUAUGAUUAUGUCGGUUCGAAGACUGUUACUGGAGAUUGAGCCCCAGUUUUUUUCGUAUUAUUCGGACAUAAUUUACAUAGACCAAAACGCAAUUUGUAUUGAUGUAUGAGUUUACAAUAGCUUUCAUGUAUUACAGCGGAAAAAAAAAACUCAUCCAUAUGUAAACAAGAAGAUACUUUACCAAUGCU